CGUUUAGUAGUUAGCCAUAACCGAAUCAAGACGUCAUCCCCCUUUAACAUUUUCGACUACAUCGUAUACAUAAACUUUCUUCACACCUCUUCAUACCUCUUCACACCCAGGAAAUAAACACCAUAUAUUUAAACGAGUAUAAAUUUAUUUCGUCUCUCACCAGACGUCAGCCCAUAUCCUACUACGGUUAAAAUCUGAGGGGUAGUCGACUUCGCGUGAUUCAAAAAUGGUACCGAAUAAGACUCUCGUCUUCAAAAAGGUCCCUACUGGUUUUCCGGUUCCAGGGGAGCAUCUCGCCGUUGAGGAACGGCCCAUUGACCUCGAUGCGGCCCCUCCAAAAGGCGGCCUGAUCGUCGAGAUACUCUAUGCUUCCUUUGACCCCUAUCUUCGCGGUAGAAUGCGUAAUGCUGAUGUCAAGUCUUACUCGCCGCCUUUCGAAAUUAACGGUCCAUUCUCAAAUGGCACUAUUGCUCGAGUUCUAAAGUCGGACGCGCCGGGUUUCAGCAAAGGAGAUAUCGUAUCUGCAUUUCUUCCUAUUGCCGAGUACGCCAUAGUACCUGAUAUUUCCGCUGCCAAGGUGCGCAAGAUCAACAACCCGCAUAAUCUCGAUCUUGGCAUGUUUCUAGGCCCCUUAGGUAUGCCUGGCUUAACGGCCUAUUCGGGUCUUCAUAAGAUUGGAAAACCAAAGAAGGGAGAAACGAUAUUUGUUAGUUCAGCUGCUGGUGCUGUUGGGCAGGUCGUCGGUCUAGUCGCGAAGAAUGAAGGACUUAAAGUCAUUGGCUCAGUUGGCUCCGAUGAGAAGCUAGAUUAUAUCCUAAAUGAGCUUGGAUUCGACGGUGGUUUCAACUACAAGAAGGAAAGCGCAUUUGAUGCGCUCAAGCGCCUCGCACCCAACGGAAUUGAUAUCUACUUCGAGAACGUUGGUGGAGAUCAGCUCGAUGCUGCUUUGGAGAGCAUGAAUACCCUCGGACGAAUUCCAGUUUGCGGAAUGAUCUCGGAGUACAACUUGCCACCUGACCAAAGAUAUGGCGUCAAGAAUCUCUUCCAGCUCGUUGCAAAGCUUAUAACGAUGCAAGGUUUCCUUGUUGGACAACCCGAAUUCGGGCCUGCAUACUUCGAAGAACAUCAGCAGGUAGUUCAAAAAUGGAUUGCAGACGGAUCUUUCAAGGCCAAGCUUCACGUCAUCGAGGGUAUCGACAAGGCGGCUGAAGGGUUCGUGGGAAUGCUCAAAGGCGAUAAUUUUGGCAAGGCCGUCCUGAAAAUCAAGGAUUAGCCUAUCAAUAUCAAUGGCAUCUGUACCUAGGUAGUUGAGGCUAGGUAGUUAAAUAAUAUAACAAUUUAUGAUUCGGUA